AUCCACACUGACAUGGAGCUGCAGUCCUGGUACAAUGAGUCCAUUAAUGUGGGCCAUGCAGAUGUUCGAGAUGCUACUUGGUGGCCCACGCUGUCUACUCCACAUGAUCUAACCAAAAUUCUCACCACCAUCAUAUGGCUUGUAUCUGCACAACAUGCUGCACUCAACUUUGGGCAGUAUCCCUAUGGCGGUUAUGUUCCAAACCGCUCACCACUAAUGAGACGACUAGUGCCUCAACAAGAAGAUCCUGACUGGGAAAAUUUUGUAGCUGACCCACAAGGGUACUUCUUAACAUCGUUGCCAAGUAUGUUCCAAGCAACACAAUUUAUGGCUCUGCUUGAAAUAAUAUCAACACAUUCACCAGAUGAGCAGUAUAUUGGAGAAAGACAAGACUGUUCAACUUGGUCAGAUGAUCCUCAAAUUAUAGAGGCAUUCUAUAGAUUUUCAAUGGAGAUCAAAAAGAUUGAAAAGAACAUCGAAAAGAGAAAUUCUGACCCAAGCCUCACAAAUAGAUGUGGUGCUGGAAUUUCACCAUAUGAGCUGCUGAUGCCAAGCUCAGGACCUGGGGUUACUUGUAAAGGGGUGCCUAAUAGUAUAACUGUGUGAGUAGCAU